CCGGAAGUACUUGUCGCUAGAGAGGCGCUCUGGUUAGGAGGGGAGGUCAGAGGUCGCGGGGGUAGAAGGCGUUCCUGCCGCUGGCCUAGUCGUUAUGUAGUGGAGGGGUAGGCGCCCUCCUCCAUGUUCUGGAAGGUUCUUGGUCUCGACUAGGGCAGAAGCCCCAGGACUUCUAGUCCCCGGCUUCGGGUCCCUGCCGGCUGAGCGGAGCCGCCGCCGCCAUGUUUGGCUGCUUGGUGGCGGGGAGGCUGGUGCAAACAGCUGCACAGCAAGUGGCAGAGGAUAAAUUUGUUUUUGACUUGCCCGAUUAUGAAAAUAUCAACCAUGUUGUGGUUUUUAUGCUGGGAACAAUCCCAUUUCCUGAGGGAAUGGGAGGAUCUGUCUACUUUUCCUAUCCUGAUUCAAAUGGAAUGCCAGUAUGGCAGCUCCUAGGAUUUGUCACGAAUGGGAAACCAAGUGCCAUCUUCAAAAUUUCAGGUCUUAAAUCUGGUGAAGGAAGCCAACACCCUUUUGGAGCCAUGAAUAUUGUCCAAACUCCGUCUGUUGCUCAGAUUGGAAUUUCAGUGGAAUUACUGGACAGUCUGGCUCAGCAGACUCCUGUAGGUAAUGCUGCUGUAUCAUCAGUUGACUCAUUCACUCAGUUCACACAAAAGAUGUUGGACAACUUCUACAAUUUUGCUUCAUCAUUUGCUGUCUCUCAGGCCCAGAUGACACCAAGUCCAUCUGAAAUGUUCAUCCCAGCAAAUGUGGUUCUGAAAUGGUAUGAAAACUUUCAAAGACGACUAGCACAGAACCCUCUCUUUUGGAAAACAUAAUUUGAAUAAAAUAAUUUUUAAUGGAUUCUGAAAUUUGUCAUGUUUUGAAGAUAAUGACUGUUUAAAAGCAUGAAGUCAAAAGGAUCAUGAAGCUAAGUUUAAAAACUGCUUUAGUAACUAUGAAGCUUAAUUGAAAUCUUUAUAAAAAAUUAAAAACAUUGAAAAAUGAAAAUAUGUUCAUCAUUAAUGACUUUUUUCCCUUAAGCUUAAAAUACUCAGAGACAAAACAUUUUGUUUUGGCUAUGAUUCGUUUUUUACUUAAAAAUAAAGCAUAUUUACAGUAGUGUGCCAGA